CCAUAGCUGGCGCGGUCCCAACCAAUCUCUGGAUCCCAGCUGGCACCCCCAGACUGUUGCCACCGUACUGGAUACCCCCACCUCUGCUUCUCAGAUCCUUGGAGUCCCCCAAAUCUUCAGACUUCCCAUCAGGUCUUACAUGUACCCUCAAAUUACCACGCCGUUUACAGCCCUCUUAUCCCAACCCGGCAUCUCUCCCCUUCUCAGCAUCCCUCCCCCACCAGCUUCCACCUACUCUUUAGACACCCCCUAGCUCUCUUUCUUUCCUAUUUAAAUUCUUCCAAUCCCUCAAUUCUUCCCAUCCCUGAGAUUCCACCCUCAUUCCCUUUUCACCUUUAUGGGGGGGAGGGGAGAGGAUGGGGAAGUGGGGUGGUCAAACAAGGGGCAGCGGUUUCCAUCAGAUAAAGGGCAAUGGAAGGAAAUAUAAUCGUGCCCCCCCCUCGUGUUCCUGAUCUGGUUUCCUCCCUUCCCUCCCCCUUGCCCUUCCUGAUUCAUUUUGCCCCAGCUUCAGGGAGCCAUUCCCCUUCAUGUGUGCUGUUGGAGGGCAGGUGGGAAAGGAAUGUUUUUGUGGACCUUUCCAGGCAGUGUCUAGGCCAAAAUCCCAAGGAAGGGGCUCUGGAGGGGAAUGGGCUGUGGGAGAUGCUGGCCUUCACCCCUCCCCAGAGAGCUGUCAUCUAGGUCACCAGGGCCUCUUGACCUUGGCCUGGAGCGGCACUUCAGUGGCUCACAUUCCACCUGCGCAGGGAUUGGGCCCAGGAGCCCUCACCUUCAGCCUGGUGUCUCCUCAGUUCCUGGAGGAGAAGAUGGACCCUGUGCAGAAGGCUGUACUCUCCCACACUUUUGGGGGACCCUUACUCAAGACCAAGCGGCCCAUCAUUUCCUGUAACGUCUGUCAGAUUCGCUUCAAUUCUCAGAGCCAGGCGGAGGCACAUUACAAAGGUAAUCGCCACGCCCGAAGAGUGAAAGGCAUCGAGGCUGCCAAGACCCGAGGAAGGGAGCCUGGCGUCCGGGAACCUGGAGACCCAGCUCCCCCUGGCAGCACCCCCCCAAACGGGGAUGGUGUAGCCCCCCGUCCAGUUUCCAUGGAGAAUGGACUGGGUCCAGCUCCAGGAUCCCCAGAGAAACAGCCUGGCUCCCCAUCCCCUCCCAGCAUUCCGGAGACUGGUCAGGGUACAACCAAGGGUGAAGGGGGGACUCCAGCCCCAGCUUCCCUGCCUGGGGGCAGCAAGGAAGAAGAGGAAAAGGCCAAGCGGCUGCUCUACUGUGCUCUGUGCAAGGUGGCAGUGAACUCUCUGUCCCAACUUGAGGCUCAUAACAAAGGUACUAAGCACAAGACAAUUCUGGAGGCCCGAAGUGGGCUGGGCCCCAUCAAAGCUUACCCUCGUCUGGGGCCUCCCACUCCUGGGGAACCAGAGGCCCCUGCCCAGGACCGAACCUUCCACUGUGAGAUCUGCAAUGUCAAGGUCAACUCGGAGGUCCAACUGAAACAGCACAUUUCCAGCCGGCGGCACCGAGAUGGCGUGGCCGGGAAGCCCAACCCGCUACUGAGCCGUCACAAGAAGCCUAGGGGCGCCGGGGAGCUGGCGGGCACGCUGACUUUCUCCAAGGAGCUGCCCAAGUCCCUGGCGGGUGGCCUGCUCCCCAGCCCCCUGGCGGUGGCUGCGGUGAUGGCAGCGGCAGCAGGCUCCCCGCUGUCCCUGCGUCCGGCCCCAGCCGCACCUCUUCUCCAGGGACCGCCCAUCACCCACCCCUUGCUCCACCCGGCCCCCGGGCCCAUCCGAACUGCGCACGGACCCAUCCUUUUCUCCCCCUACUGACCUGAACCCCAAACCCCCUCCCAUUCAAACCCCCCCACCUCCAGCCGGGACCCAGGCUUCCAGGCUCCAAGCCUGCCCCUACUCUCGGCACUCCCUGAAUGAUCUCUCUCCUUCCCCCCCACCCCGAGGUACGGGGUUCCAGGAAAGGGGAGGGGUAGCGGGGGAGGGGGGCUUCAGAAGGGGGGGAACACCCCAGAUCUCAGGGAACCCCGCCCCCUGCCCUUCCCUCUCCCCUAGAAAAGGGGGGGCCGUCUCACCCCCGAGCCCCCUUGGAGACACCCCCCCUCCCAAAAGCCAUGUCCAUUCAGCCCUUCCCCCCCAAACCUAGCACAAAACGGGGUUCACAAGCCAUGGUCGGAGUCCGGGGGGGCAGAAAUGGAUUUUCCUGGCAAUAAGCGGACUCUGGGACUCCGGCCCCCUGCCCCCAAACUGAAGCGCUUCCGUGAACACCCCCAUCCUCCGCAGGGGGAGGGGAGCGGGCGGGAUCCUGGGUCCCUCAAAAGCACUUUGGUUUUACCGCCUGCAACCUCACUGUGCCCGCCCCGCACCAUGCCCCAGCCCCAGGUCUACCUGGGCCCAUCGCAGGGGGCAGCACUUGGGGGCAUCUCUGGCACUUGGGUGGGACCAAGUAGAUGCCCCUACAGACCCUUCCCUCACCUUCUUCCUCCCCAGUCUGGAUUCCAUUCUUUUCACCAGCACCCAUCGCCCAAGGGGUACCGAGGGGGGCAAGGGGUGUCCAGUCCAAGCCCACCCCCGCCUCGCCUUCCGCAAAACUGUGAGCAAAAAGCAAUAGAAGCCUCGCCCCCGCCCCUCCCCUUUCCGCAGGAUUCGCUGAGUCUGUAGCCUCCCCCGUCCUCGCUCCUAGACCUCAUGGCUGUCCCUACCACCAAACACCUCCAACUGCACAACUUGGGCGGGGGCGUGACCUCCCUCCCCUUUCUGUGGUUUCCCUGUCGUCAGCCCUUACAGCAGCCGACCGGGAGGGGGACGGGCCCCCACUGGCCUUCCCGUCCCCAUCAACUCUUUAUGCUUGACGAUGUAGCAACCCCGGCCCCCCACCCACGUCUUCCCUUUUCCCUCUCCCCGACAAUAAAGUCUGGAUUCGUUGCCCUCCGUC